GAGUGUUGUAACUCUCUAGGAGGGGUUUCUUUUUCCUGGAAUUACAGUUGAUGGCAAUGGAGAGAGAUUGUGAAGAAACGAAACUGUACUGUACAUAAAUAGGAGGAGAGAGAAGCAGAAAUGAAAGAGAAUCCAGAGCUGAUUCCCCGUCAAGCUCUUCGGUCUAUCCUUGAGUUUACCAACCAACACAAGCACAAUGAUUACACCCGUGGACAUCUCUCGCCACCUUCAGUGCCCCAUCUGCAAAAACCUGCUGACAGAUCCGGUCUCAACCAGCUGUGGACACACCUUCUGCAAGGGCUGUCUGGACCAGCACAUCAGCAGGUCAGAACCGCAGUGUCCUCUCUGCCAGGAACCCGUGACCAUCAAACCCUCUGUCAACGAAGCCAUCGAAGCCCUGCUGCAAGAGUUUCACCAGACUCAGCUCCCCAACCUAGACCUCUUCUGUGGAGAAAGAGAUGCAAUUCCAUGUGACGUCUGUGAUGAACACCUCACGUUUAAAGCCGUGAAGUCCUGUCUGAUCUGUUCGCUCUCCUUCUGCGAUGAGCACCUGAAGCCUCACCAGUCUAUGGGGAGGUUCAAGGGCCAUAAGCUGGUGAAUCCUGUAGAGAAGCUGGAUCAGAGAGCAUGCAAUGCACACGGCAGACCUCUGGAGCUCUACAGCAGACGUUACGAGCGCUGCAUCUGCACCUUGUGUGUGAAGACGGGUGGAGAAGUGAUACCUGUGGAGAUGGAGAGAGACAGGAGACAGACCAUACAGCAAAACACUAUUGAAGUGAUGGAAAGGAUGAUCAAUCAGAGGGAAGAAAAACUUGAGGAGCUUAAGGAAUCAGCUGCAAAAUACCAGGCUCGGCUAGAGAAGGAGCAGCAGGAGAUACAGCAGGUGUUUGCUGCACUGAUGGAGGCGCUGAGGAGCAAAGAGGAGGUGCUGCUCGCUCCUCUGGAGGAAGGAAGGAGGUGUUUGAAGAAAGAGAUGGACGAGAAGACCCAACAAAUACAAAAAGACAUUCUUAAGUACAAGGAAUCCAUCGAGACUUUGAAUCGCACCAAGAAUGAGGAAGAUGACAUCCUCUUCAUCCAGUCUUAUCCGGUCAUGCCAGCUGAGUUCUCAGAUGACUGGACGCUUUCCAUUGAGACCGAUUUAAACUUUGGCACAAUGAGCAACAUAAAGGCAGAGUUAAUGGAUGAGAUUAACACACAUCUGAAGAAACUCUGCACUGCUGAAAUUAGAAGGAUUCACAGCUUCUCAGUAAACGUGACUCUGGACGCUGAAACGGCGCAUCCGCACUUAAAGGUGUCUGAAGACGGUAAAGAGGUGCAUGACAGCGGAGCAAGGCACGACAUCCCGGGCGGCCCGCAGCGGUUCGACCUGGUCGGAGGGGUCCUGGGGAAACCUCUCAUCACUUCGGGAAGAGCUUUCUGGGUGGUGGAGGUGGGGAAUAAAGUGGGCUGGGAGCUGGGGGUUGUGAGCGAUACAGCGAACCGGAGGGGCAGAGUGUCCUACAAACCCAGCGAGGGUUACUGGGUCAUCACGCUCUGUGCUCAAAACAUGUACGGAGCUUUUGAAGACCCCCCGAUCCAGCUUCAGCUCUCCUCCAAACCCCGGAAGCUGGGAGUGUUUGUGGACUGUGAGGAGGCUCUGGUCUCCUUCUAUGAUAUUGAGGCUCUGUCACAUAUUUACUCGUUCACACACUGCAAGUUUAACGGAGCCAUCCGUCCGUACUUCAAUCCUCAUCCCAACACUGACGGAACCAACUCGAGCCCGUUGGUCAUUUGUCCUCUCAGUCAACCCAACAUCUCUGUGUGAAAGCAAUAGAUCAUGAGAUGUGAGGAUGUUAGCAUUCAGUGAGAACGACAUGAUUCCCUUUUGUUUGUGUCUUUGUUUUCUUCUUUAGUGUGAUAUUUAGAAUUUGUAUGUUUGUAUGAAUAUUUGAAUGAACAGGGUGCUGUCCUUCUAAAUGCAUUUAUUUUUAUUUUUAUAUUGAUAUGAUGUUUCUACUUUAUUAAACAUGUUCAGUCUGUCUAUCUAUCUAUCUAUCUAUCUAUCUAUCUAUCUAUCUAUCUAUCUAUCUAUCUAUCUAUCUAUCUAUCUAUCUAUCUAUCUAUCUAUCUGUGAAACGGCAAUACAAUUAUUAAACUAGGCAAUUGUAUAUGAAUGUGAAAUGCAGCAUUUAUG